UUUAGGUUGCAGCCUCCCGUCUCAUUCUCAACUCUCUCUCUCUCUCUCUCUCUGCAACUUCAAACUUCAAAAUCUACAAGAAUCAGAAGUUCAAAAUCCAUAUAUUUCAGAUCUGUCUGCAAGAAUCAAAAGUUCAAAAUCCAUAUAUUUCAGAUCAUUUCAGAUUGUUCAAAAAAUCAAAACCCAUAUGUUUCAGUUUCCAUCGCCGGCUGUUCCAGUUCUUGCCGUUCGCAAGCUUCAGCCGUCUCAAGCUUGCCCCUCUCUCUCUCUGCAACUGCUAACUUGUAUGUAUGGGUUUUGUUUUUAUUUUUGGAAGUGACGGCGGCGGCGGUGGAUCGGCUGAGGACGGCGGCAGAGAGAGACAAAGAGAAAGAGAAAGAGAAAGAAGAGAAAAGAAAAGAGAAAAGAGAAAAAAAAAAAAAUUCGGGCAGAGAGAGAAAGAGAAAGAAGAGAGAGGAGAGAGAAAAAAAAAAAAAAAAAAUUUCGGGCAGAAAGAAGAAAGGGAAAGAAGAGAGAGGAGAGUGAAAAAAAAAAAAAAAUCGGGGCAGGAAGAAGAAAGAGAAAGAAAGAGAGGAGAGAGAAAAAAAAUUUCGGGGAGGAGAGAGAAAAGAGAAAAAAAAAAUUUAAUUUUGGGUUGGGUUCGGGUUGAGCCCGAGCCCAACCCGAAUUGUUUGGAUUUUGAUAAAAAUCAACCCGAGCAUGAACCCGAUUUGUAAAUUGCGUGGCCAAAUUUUAAAAUUUUUGGGUUGGGGUUGGGCUGGGCUGGGCUAACCCGCCCAACUUGCAGCCCUGCUUGAUACCACUAACAUUUGACCCCGUCAGUUCUGCAGUUGCGUCACCGUCGCAGUCAGUAACUCCGACAAGACCUAGAUUUUGAGGAAACACAGAUGUCAAGGUUUCGCUCACUGUGGCGAGCUUCUUUGAAUGCAACUAAGAAAGCUCUCACAUGGAAUGCUGAAGACUUUAUUCCUCCCACUGAGAGAUAUAUUUUCAAUUUCAAUUCAAAGGAAGAGCUAAAAAAGUGGCAUCUGUAUUCAGAUUCUGAAUAUGGAGGUCUGUCCUCAGCUUCUUUGGAGAUUAAGGAUGUUGGAAAUGGGCUAAGUGGAAUUUUUCAUGGAAAUCUUUCUUUGGAUGUAUCUGAGGAUUCAAAAUGGAACAUUAGUAGGAGUGGCUUUUGCGGAAUGCGGUCUAAGAAGUUCGAUGGCUUCAUUGAUUUGGACCCAUAUGACACGAUAGCACUAAAACUUAGAGGAGAUGGGAGAUCUUACAUAUCUACUAUCUAUACAGAAAAUUGGGUGAAUUCACCUGGACAAGAGGAAGAUAAUUCAUGGCAAGCAUUUGUUUUUGUGCCCAAAGACAAUUGGUACAUUGCGAAGAUUCCUCUUGCUCGAUAUCUUCCAACAUGGAGGGGGAAUGUCAUAGAUGUAAAUCUGGAAAUGAAUCCAUCCCGAGUUGUUGGCAUGUCUUUCUCCGUCAAUGCAGAAGGUGGAAUGCCAGGUGCUAGAACCGGGCCAGGUGAUUUCCAAUUGGAAAUUGAUUGGAUCAAAGCCUUGAGAACACACUAGUUUUGGUAUACAUCUUUCUACUCCAAUGUGUUGUCAACUGAAGAACUAAAAGUGUCCAUUUGGAUAUGAAUUGAGCUAGGUGUGUGUUCUCAGUUUUUUCUGUUGAGGCUCUUGGAUUAGAGGUAAUGAAGUCAGUGUUGAAUAUUGGUUUAAGUUCUGUACAAUCUUAUAUAAAUGUGGUUUAUUUUUUUUAUUCUCUUCGCUAAUCUAAUAUCCAGAGGAGCUGAGUUUGAU